AAUUCCGCAGAGCUAGAGGCGGAGUGGACACAACUGACAACCGAAGUCCGCGCGGGCAAGAUCGGUCCAAGUUCGAAGUGGUGGCAGCAUCCGUAUCUUCAUAAUCAUCGAUGGAUGACCAGUACGACGAGCAGGCGCAGACGCCCGCUGACAGCGACAAGGGUGCCGCCGCUGCGGUUGAUGCUACUACUGCUGCCGCCUCGUCAUCUUUGUUGAAGUGGUCCGACAAACAGUUCCACAUCCUCACCGGUGGCGGCGUCUCUUCCAAGUGGUAUCGAGGACCUCGCUUCCCGUUCUCCCAGGAGGAGCUGCCGCACUUUCACAAGGCAAGGGCGACCACCCACGAGGCCUUCUCGCUGUGGCAUAACCAGGGGACUGGAUGUGGAGCAGAGAUUGCUGGGGCGUGGAAGCGGCCGCUGUUUGUGGGAGGCUGGACACAUUCGGAUGAUGCGGCGGAACCUGCGUCACGCUCCUCAUCUUCACCGCCCAUUGGACAGGAGGGCGAGACCACCUUCAACCUUCAGACUCCUUCCGUCUUCAUCGACAUCAGGGUGCCCAAGGCAGCGGCUGCGCUGCUGGGACACCACCGGAGUUUCCACACCAUGACGGACUUCGAGCUGCGGCUGUUUGCCCGAAGACACGCCUUCGCCGGCUACACCCGGGUGGAACCUGUGGCAUCCCCUUGGGUUGAUGGGGCCAGCCUUCGCCGGGGCGGCGGAGAAGAGCAGGGAGCCAAAGAGCAUGGGCGCCUGGAAGGGUCGGUGGCAACUCGUCAUCACUGCAUCGACUGGAACUAUGUUGGAGAAGCGCGGCCGAGGCCCAACAAGUGGAGGGUGGAGAUGGGGCCCGGAGGGGAUGUUUGGAAGGAGUGGGGGUUCGCUAAGGACGCUUUUGAUCAGCACGUGUACAUGGAGAGGUGGGAGAGACUCCCGGGGGGUCGAGGGCCGUACUUCGCGCUUCGAAGACGCCCUUCGAGCGCUCCCGACGCUCUCCUCGUGGUGUGCGGGGAUCACUUCGGCCUUAUUGUGGACCGGGAUUCCGGUUUGAUGGAGGCAGGGGGCAGCAGCCGCGGAGGCAAGGGCGGGUUGGUCGGUCGGGUGGACGACGCGAUCGCACGAGGGGAUCGGCGGAGGGCACUCGAGCUUCUGUCGCUGGAGGCUUCGCAUGGAAGGGUCAGUGCACAAAAAGGACGUUUGCCUUGGACGGUAAACUGCUCCCUCCACCCCUGGCUGGAGAACCGACGACCGUUCUUGGGAUCGGUUCUCACGAUCGCGCCGGACAGCCUGUCUGCCGACUGGGUGGGCGUGAAAAGCGCAGGAGGCAGCGAUGAUGGUGUUCCGAGGCACCUCGGGUGGAACGGAGCUCGGCUGGAUGGCACCUGGGACGUAGUCGAGAGCACCAUGUCGCUGCCACCGCCUUCGCGCUCACCAUCUUCCAGAGGAUUGCCGCACGUGGCGUUCAGGGCUUUGUUUGCGGAGUCUGGAGCAGAAGUUUUGAUGGGAGGGGGAGAGACACCUCGAAAAGACGAAGGGGGCACCUGCUCUCUUCGAGCAAAGUUGUCUCAGUUGUAG